ACUAGUCUCUAUGUCUGAGAGCUUGGGAGUAGGAUGUUCUUUUUUGGCAACCGCCACUGAUUCUGCUGUCGUCCCGUGUGAGUUGAAGCUUUGACGGCAGUGGCCUUGUUUGAGAAGUGAAACAAUGGCCAUCUCGAGAGCUAGAGCGCGGGUUGUAGUGGCAUUAAUACUUGUGAAAUUUGUCAUCCUAGUCAACGCCCAAGUUCUCACCACUGAAUUCUACGACGAGUCUUGCCCCGAAAUUUAUUCCAUUGUCAAAGAGGAAGUGCAGAAGGCGGUGGAGGCCGAGAAGAGGAUGGCGGCUUCCUUGAUUCGCCUUCAUUUCCAUGACUGCUUUGUCAAUGGAUGCGACGGAUCGCUUCUUUUGGACGAUCCUAUUUUGGGAGGUACUGGAGAAAAGCUGUCACGUAGCAACUUAAACUCCACUAGGGGGUUUGAGGUGAUUGACACCAUCAAGACUCGGCUGGAGUCUGCAUGCCCAAACACCGUCUCCUGCGCCGACCUCCUGGCUAUCGCAGCUCGUGACUCUGCUGUUCAGGUUGGGUUGACCGACACCUAUCCUGUGUACUUCGGUCGCCGUGACAGCCUGACCGCAAGUAUAGAUGAAGCCAACUUACGACUCCCAACACCGAACAGCAAUUACUCCGUCCUGAAGGCUAAUUUUGAAUUCCAAGGCCUUGAUGAAACUGAUCUCAUCGCCCUAUCAGGUGCUCACACAAUCGGCAGAGUCCGAUGCAUAGUCAUUACCGUGUCCAACUCAUCGACAGAUCCCAACAUCAACGCCGCGUUUCGCGACACCCUGAUUAAAGCCUGUGACACUGCCAAUGGAACAAUCGAUCCCCCGCUGCAGAACUUGGACGUCAAAACGCCGGACAAGUUCGACAACAACUACUUCAAAAACCUGCGCAGAGGGGAAGGUGUCCUCACCAGCGACCAGACGCUGCAAAGCACUCCAGGCCCCAACGUGGGCAUCGUCAAGGACUUCGCCAAAAACAAGGAAAACUUCUUCACUCAAUAUGGGCUCAGCAGCAUCAAGAUGGGCUACAUCAGACCUCUCACUGGAGACCAGGGAGAGAUCCGAAAGAACUGCCGCGCCGUGAACUCGGCACCAUCAUCUCUCGUCGCUUAUCAGUAAAUCUACGCUUGCAUUUCGCAUCCAACCUUGCUGAUUCAUCGAUCCGGCAUCGACAUACCUUCAUUUUAUGUUUCACAGUUUCUCUCUCAGGUUUGCAGUUUAGAGUCGAGCUGCACCCAACUGAUGAAGCAUCAGCAGACAUGGAAUUUCUAGAGUCCGUAGCUGGUGAGUCUGUUCAUAAGGAUGUGUGGGUUUCGAGUGCUGAUGGUGGUGGAUUUGCUUCUGUGUCAACACCAUUUGUAUUGCACAAAGUGUUUCUUGUAUGUGAGUAUGUGUGUGUAAAAUAGUUUUUGCAAAGAAUUCAGACAAUGUGUGAGGAAUUCUGGAGACUGUGUUACAUUGCCUUGAAAUGAAGAGGGAGAUUUUGGAGAAUAAUGAAUCAGCACUUUUGUUUUGAAUGGUU